AUGGACAUCUCAGCUCUCCAGGCAACGGCCACCCGCACCCUCCUCGACCCUCACUACCAGGCACCCCUCUCCCUCCUAAAAGCCCUCCGCAAUGGCCUCGUCUACGGCACAAAAGUCCGCUUCCCACACGCCCUCAUCAUGAUCCUACUCUUCCGCUCCGGCCCCCUACCCCAAANNAAACUUUCCGCCGUCCUCAAAGCUACGCGCCAACAUGCCAAAAACCUAGCCACCUUUGCCUUCCUCUACAAAGCGUUUAUGCUGCUGCAAAAGAGUAUCAGACCUUCAGGCAAGGAACUCAAGAGCGAUAGUUUUGUUGCAGGGCUGGUGGGUGGAUACUAUGUCUUUGGGCGCAGUAGGAGUAGUGUAAAUCAGCAGAUCGUGAUCUACGUUGCUGCAAGAGUGGUAUUGGCUGCUGCAUCGCUGGCCGUGCAACCAAGAGGCGACAAUACACUACUAGGCGGCAAAUAUGGCGGUAGAGGAGGACUGGGGUUACUGAGUUUAUCAGACAAGAACAGAGAGGCCGUGAGGAAGCACGCUUGGCCCGUGUUUGCGAGUUUGAGUUGGGCGUGUGUAAUGUGGUUGUUUAGGUUUUAUCCUGACAUGCUUCAGCCGAGUUUGAGGAGUUCGAUGACUUAUCUGUGGGUAUUGCUUUUGCUUUUAGAGAGAGUCUCUGCUGACAAAAGUGAUUCAGGUNACGAUAAUGCGGAUCAUUGGGAUUCGUGGAGGAACUUCUUGGUGCACAAUAAAUGA